GUGCUGCCUGCCCCACCUGCGUCUGUCAUACGGAAGAGUGACAAGUCACGAGUAAACAAAUUUCCUGAAGACGAGAAUAAAGUUACGGCCACGUCUGGCCUGCUGUAACAAUUCUCGACUUAUUUGUAAGCCUUUUCGAUUUAUUUACAAUUGUUUCGAGUUGCUUAAAGGUGAGCCGGAUCCGAACCGAUGCUUUACAAAGUGACAAGAUGAAAGUUACUACGAGCUCGUGCUUCUUCAGCAGAGUGACGGUUUGCGCUGCGGUGCUUUCAGUGAUUCACUGCCUCUCCACCACACACACCACCAUGUCACCUUUGCAGAACAGCCCUUAUGGUGACUUUCUUCACUUCGACUCGGCCCCCGACACCAUCACAGUGAACUCCAGCGUGCAGGUGUCGUAUAUCUGCUCCAUGGCCUGCAGAGUGGGGAUUGAAAUUGUGCUUUCCACACCAAAAACUGUUGGACUUGUGACCUUUAGGAGAUCAUGGACUCAUGUCAAACACCUAAAAACAUCUAGAACAAGAACAAUUCAGCUCAAUUUCCCUUCUGCUGUGGUGUAUAAGAAAGACUUUUUCUUCAGGCGUACAGUGGAAGUGCGUGAUGCGAUGCUGAGAGCCUGGCUGGUGUAUCUGAAUGGAGAAGAAAGCAAUAGCAGCCACAUUGGAGUCAGUCAGUACGAGAGAUCCAUGGUGAGGGUGUUUAAAACUCUGAAGCCAGUUCCACCUUCGGAACGUCCUGCCAGAUCACCAAGCAGAUGUUUUGCGUGGGGGGUGGAGCUUAUGUGGAAUCGGACCAAAGACAAAUUAGAGAAGUGUUUUUUGGAAUCAGAUAUUGUGAGACUCCUGACGUUUCCUUUUGCAAGCACUGGCGAGAAAUAUGGAGUCAUCCGGACGUUUCCUUCCUUCGCCAACAAAGAGCUGGUGACUGCAAGUCUGCAUGGUCUAGAGAAACCCAGACUGACCGUGUCGAUAUGGCUGUAUUUGCUCAGUUGGUGCAAGGAAAAGUACUGUGGCAUCAUCAAGCAUGUGAGCGAGCACAGGAAAUAUGCAAGUCCUCUCCUCUUGCUGACUAAUACAGGUAACAUCGUGGUACAGGUGUGUUUGACCUCUGGAGUGGAACAGGCGUUCACAGCUCACACCGAUCUCCCUCUCCGGUCCUGGAUCCGGCUGGACCUCUUCAUCCAGACCACAGAGGUGAAGCUGAUAAUCAUGCAGGCCAACUCUGAAGAUUACCUCCAAGAAGCCAUGUACAGUUUUCAGCAUGCUAUUCUGUACAACGACACCUCAGGAUACUUCGUGAUCGGUGGCGGAGUCUACAUGCCAGGAUUUCACGGUUAUGUCGGACCAGUUAAAUAUUACCGCUUAGGUUCUGAAACGGUGGUAAACCCUCUGAGUCCAGAGAGAACACUGACGGAACUGAACAAAGCCCACAGAUGGUGUGAGGACGUUAAACAGAUCACUGAACACUAUGUAACAGCUCUACAAGAUGGCAGAGCCAGCCUCGCUAAUGAUGCGUGUCUGUCACAUUACGAGCAGUUAAGGAGGACGUUUGUCCAGACGAGGUGCAUGCAGACGUGGUCCUGGGAGCAUCAGAUAAAAUACAGUUUUGUGUUUAAGAUACUGAGAAGGCAUGAGGAAGAGCUGAUAUCAGCCCCUUGGAGCAGCAGGAAAGCCUCACUCUUUGGUCAGCGCCUCUACCAAGACACAGUAAAGAGGUUAGCCGAUGGCGGAUCAGGAGACAUCAAUAUGUCGCUAAUAGAACUGCUGCAGCUGUGCUCGUGCUGGGGUCAUCACCAGGCUUCUCUCAUGCUCGCCACUUUACAUUUCUCAGGUUUCGGCAUACCAGCAGACCAGGAGAAGGGCCACGUGUACAGCCUGAUGGGCGGAGUCAAAGACGAGCGUCUGGCUCUGCUGCAUUUGGGCUACAAGCACAUGCAGGGUCUGGAUGGCUUCCCUAAGGACCAGGACAUGGCUUAUGGCUACUACGCCAACGUGGCAAAGCAGACCAGCACCGACCAUGAUAAAGUCCAUGACAAGGAUCAAUCCCUCACCGAGCACAUACACUUAACCAACCCAGAGGAUCUUCAGAUGCAAGCAGGCGAGUCCGAUGACAUCAUACAGUUUCUUAAACACCAGGCUGAGAGAGGAGACAUCGAGUCCCAGAAAACACUGGCGCGGAUGUCAUUCUUUGGCAGUAACGGCAUGACGAAGGACAUCAGCGCAUCUCUGAAAUGGUUCGCCAGAUGCGCCAUGCAGAUGACAGAUGCCUCAGCCAUGCAUGACUACGGCAUCCUGUUGCUGAAGGGAAUCGGAGGGAAGAAGAACAAGACCCUGGCUUUACAACUCCUGGAGAAAGCGUCUGACAUGGGAAGUGUGGACGCGCUGAAUGCUCUCGGUUGGUACUACAGCACUUCGGGAAAAAAUUACAAAAAGGCUGUGUACUACUUUGACAUGGCGGCUCGUAAUGGCAGUCGAGAGGGUCUGUUUAACUUGGGGGUGUAUCACCUGAAUGGCGCUGUCCUGGACAAAAACGAGACAGCUGCGUUUCAGUGUUUCCUGAAGGCAGGUGAACUGGGUCAUUUGGAAGGCGCAGUAGAGGCUGCAUCAUCUCUAUCUCGAGGACAGUUACCAGGCAUACACAGAGAUCCCAAGAAAGCCGUGAGUCUGCUGAAACCGGUCAGCGAGAGGAACGGUCACCUGGGCUUCACAAUCCGAGAUGCUCUGAAAGCAUUUCAGCAAGGAUCAUGGGAUGAAGCCCUGCUGAAAUACGCCAUGCUCGCUGAAACCGGCUUUGUUGUGGCCCAGCUGAACGCCGCACACCUCUGUGAGGUGAUGAAGCACGGCUCCGCCUGCCAGUGGAGGUAUCAUAACUACUCCACCUAUAACCACGCCCCACAUGAAUCAGGGCUGCUGAAGAUGGGAGACCAUUACAGUGCUUCAGGUGAAAUGGCAAAGGCUGUAGUGCUGUACAGCAGAGCAGCACUGGGAGGCAGUGCACAGGGCAUGUACAACCUGGCAGUUCUGACCGAGGAAGGACUUGACAUCCCCGCAAACAUCCUGGAGCAAAUGAAGAUCUGGACCGAGCCUCGGCUGAACAAGCGUGAUGUUGUGGAGAAACUGUUGAUCAGAUGCAGAGAGCUGGAGGGUAAUGGCGAGGAAAUGAGCCCAUGCUCUCUGGCUCUGAUGGGGCUGCGCGUGUCCCGAGCAUGGCGCAGCUUCACCCGCAGCACCGUCCACCUCAUGCUGACCCUCACCGCUCUGGUCAUAUUAGUACUCGCCAUCGUGACACAGAGUGCACUUGCCCACUACUCUGCAGGUCUUCCACGCAGUAUUCCUGACCACUCCUCACCUCACCUCAUCAGAAGCGAACCCGACUCUCACUCUGUAGCUCAGGAAGGACCCACUGGAGCUGUCCGGAUCGGUCAAACCUUUGUGACCCGACACUUUGGAUCCCUGCAGGAGGCGGCCGAUUUGGUCAUCACGGCAACAGGAGUGUGCGUUUGCGCCUUGUGCACUGUGUUCGUUUCUCAUCUGCUUUAACUGUAUAGAAAAACAUCGCAAAAGUGAAGGAGGACGUUUACAAACACACUGAAACUUUGCACUCAAAGCUGCAAAACAGCACCAUCUUCUGGGAGAAACACAGAGGAAGCCAGUGACACGCGACCUGUUUUCAGGUUUAUUCACAACCUUAUUAUCAGCAGUGAAUAGUGUUUUUGUUUUUGUUGUUGUUGUUGUUGUUGUUUUGAGGAAAAAUAGGUCAGGACUCAAGCAAAUCAAGAAGGUUUAAAGCAAAAGAAAAAAAAUCUAUUCACCUAAGGGGAAAGGAUGUGUGGUGUGAAAGAUGUAAUUGCUUCUUAUAGAGCUUACCUUCAUUUCAAAACUUAAUUUUUUUUUAAAGUGGAUAUGAAGUCUACACACUCCUGUAAAAACUUUUGCCAGUUUUCUCCUUACAUUUUUUUCUUCCUGUUAUUUUUUUUUUUUUUUUUUUAUGAAUUCUGUUGGUUGCUGAUGGUUAACACAUUAAAAGCGCUGCUUUGUCAUGCCUUAUCUUAGGUUUUCAGGGUGUGUAGACGUUUUAUAUCCAGCCACGUCGAUGAAAUCUUUGGAAAAACAAAGUAAACUAGGAAGGAAGGACUGUGGAUCCUUUUAGGAUGAAAACUUGAAGGUUUUUGUGGUAAAAUUCUGGGAUUUUCUUUUGUAAUCUUUUAACACAGUAAGCUGUAUGUUUGAAGCAAGAAGAGAUUUGAAACUUCUUUUUCCAAGCUGGGUGUCCUUACAUAAACAGAGAAGAGGCACCUUUUUAAUCUACAGAGCCAAAUACAACAAACUAACUCUUUUAGAGUGAAAGCAAAGUUUACAUUAAAAUGUGUUACGGAAACAUGAAUCCAUCGCGAAGCUGUUUUUAUAAACCCUCCACGUUUCCAAGAUGCAUUUUGUACUUUCCUGUCAUUGGUCACUGUUUUGUUCUGGUUUGAGGUGGUUUCUGAUGUUUGAGGUCUACUGCACAAGAUAAUAAGUGUGCUCAAGCCCCAAAGGUCUCAUUAUUAUCUCAAGAGAUUACAAAGCACAUGGCACAGGAAGUAAGCGGUUUUAAAGGUUAUGAAAAUCCUUAUAUGGGCAAGGGAAUUUUUUUUAUUUUGGUCGGCUCUAUUGAGGAGCAUGUGUGGUUUAAAGGUGAAGGAUAGAUUGUCGGAGAAGGUAGAAAAAUGGACAACAAAUAGAUGGUAAAAAAGAUCCAUAUGGAGACUGUGAAGAUUAGUUUCUUCUUUUUUUUUAAACAAAGGAAACCAGUCAGCCGUUUAGGGACACAUACUCAAUUUCUUCUGUACAGCAAAUAAAUGUUUAGCAUGGUUCAAGAGAAACGUCUAAACUUUGUGGCAUAAAAAAUAAACCCUUGUAAUUUUUUAUCAGAACCGCUAGAGGGAGACAAAAUUCCAAUUUCUGAGCGACGCUUCUUCCGUUGUGAUGGUUUACAACUUCCAGCAAAUAAUUAGACAUCUCUGAAGAUCCCAGACUGACAGAUUUGCAUUCAAUUUCAAAAUAUUUUAUACAUUAUCUAAAAUUAAACGGAUUGCUUGACCUUAAUCUUAAACAUCGAUUCCAAAAAGAAGGAGAAAGAAAUGUAGUGUAGAACAUAAAGAACAUGAUGUGGUACAAACCAACUGCUUCUGAUACUGUAAAUAAAAUCCCAUUAGGUGCUAAAGUCCAGUGAGUAGAGAUUAUUAGUUCUUAUUAAGCCUCCUCGCUUUACCGCUGCCAUAGCAACAACUUAGCAAUGCUAUCAGAGAUGUCAUUAGCGUGGCUUCCCCGAUGUUCAGCCGAUCGCAUCUUGUGUAAUAAAAGCAAUAAACAUCAGCGAUUCUUUAGGGCCUGUGAUUUGAGGCGUGUUACAGGCUGUGUGAUACUUCACCAGUUUAGUUGAAUGUGAUAUUAUGGCUGUCCAGUAGAGAGCUUGAAACACUUUUGAUGAACAAAUUCUGCAUUGUAAUUUUAGUGCUCGAUGAUGACGCUGAUGUUUGGACAUCAAGAUCAGAUCUGAAUAUUUUCUACCUUUUAAGGAUUAUGAGUUACUGUUACUGUUAAAUUGCUUAGUUCAGUUACUGUUUUCAUCCUGAAGCUGAUUGUUUUUCGAUACAACACAUCCCGAAAUGCAAUAUUCCUCUUAUAACUUGUAAUUUUGCUUAUUUUUUGAUUUUAAUAGCUACGUUUCAUAGCAUACCACCUGUGAAAGAACUAUAAUCCAAAAGUUAAAGAUGUCCUUGUAGUGUUACAAAGCCCUGACACUGGAGACUCCUUUCUCUAAAUAUACAUCUCUUGACAUAAAACAUCACACAAUUACACACGAUUUUAAAUCAGUGCUUAUGCGGCAUCCGUCCUAGUGUAUGUUGUUACUGUAGAGAUGACAAUGUAAUAUAAUUAGUUGAAUAUGAAUCAUUUGACUUGCGCUGCUGAUAUAGAAAGCAAUCAACACUUUCUGACCAAUCAGAAUAGAAAAGAUUGAGUUGUAUUAGCUGGUGAAGUGUUUCACAGAAAUUUAAUGUUGAGUAAUACUGAUAUUCAAAUGAACAGCGAGAGAGAGAGAGAGAGAGAGACAUACAUUAUGUCAGUGUUUUCCUCAGAUUUGUCUGUCCUUUUGCUAAACAGCAGUCCGUGUUGCUCUGACCUUACAUUUACUGUAAUCACUUUCAGACUUGAUGUUUGUUUCAGUUGCCGUGCUGUGGCUUUGCACUAAUAAUAAGCCAUUGUGCUUUUGUUGUUGUUUUGGCUGCUUAAAGAUGCUAUUGUGCUCAAUCGAUGUUGUGGAAAUUCACAGGAGCAAGAUCGUGGGUGCUCGUGGCCGGACUCUGACAUCACUGGCAGUCUGGCAGUUCACUGUCGUGGUUUGUUGGGUUUUUGACAGAAAGAAUGAACAGACCAUCAUCCAGUCUUCCUUCCCCCGAGUCGCGACCAUAACCAGAUCGUUUGUGAAUGUCUGUAAUUUACUUUUGAGGUGGCAUAGAAAAACACCUAGUAAGUACUAUUUUUGUCCGUAAGGCGUUUGUUCAUGGGCAAUAACAGUCAUUUAAGUCUUAGGUCUGCACAACAAUAAAAACUUUUGCUUCA